ACACACCCCCCCCCCCAAGAGAUCCAUUGGAAGUCUGCUUUAAAACCCUGAUCAGCAAAUCAUAUUUAUGCCUAAACAAUUAAAUUACAGUUUUGUCUGGCAAGUUCCCAAUUCCAGCCUUGGAAAAAGUUUGUAAUACGUCUUACCCUAACAUCAAAACUGUGAUUCAACACACAGGCACACCGUGUGUUCAGAUGGGUCCCUGCCGUCCAGUGUGCGUGGGUGCCAUAUUGCAUGUCAGCUGGACACAUGCUGUAUCCUCCAGCUUGGCUCCGAACAUCUGUGCUGUUGCAGAACUUUUCCGUAUUCACUGUAGUUUGGGUGGCAGGUUUGCGUGCACAAGUUUUAUAAGGCUGGUGAUCUCCAGGCCCAUGUGUUAACAGGGAGAGUUGGAACAACAACUUGGAUUUGGCGUGCGUUUGAGAAAGUGGAAUAGGGCAGCCCAGGACGGAAAUGUCUGUGGCUGGAACUGAGGUGGGUAACAGUUUAUCUCACGGCGCUGCUCCUAUGUGAGGCACGCCCCACUAGGAACCAGGAUAAAGGUGGAGAAGGCAUCCCGUCGAAGCCCUCCUGGCUUACAGGGGUUGGCGGGAUUUAAAGCACAUCCCAUCGUGCCAGCAGGGCGGCUGACGUCCUGAUAAUCCUCCUAAUUGGGGCGGCCGCCCAUGGCGUGUUUUGAAGUUGGAAGCUCUGAGGACAGCAUUCUUGUUCUUUUUUUGGAAGGGAUGCCCUUGUCUGAAAUAGCAAUUUUUGCCUGCAGCUAAAAAGAAUGAUUACAAAGAUUUUUCGAUUUGGCCACUGAGUAACCCCUUAGGAGAGUUAGUUGCAGGGAAUUAAUUUUUGACUGUUUCUUUAAAGUUUGAGAAACUCUGCUAGUCAACCAUGGACAUCAGGAGGGGAUCACUUAAUGGACCCCUGGGCAGAGGCAGCUUUGCUCAUGUUUCCUUAAGAUAAUGGCGGUUUGGGAUUAACUUGGUUACUUUUUCAGCACUUUUUCCAUUUCUACAUUUAUGUAUCUUUCCCUUCAAAAUGUUCUUAAGUCCUCUAAAAACACAUCCUGUGCAGUUCUCCCAGGGAUUUAUAGCAGGGCUUAUUUUUGAAAGAUGGGACAGGCGGAGAAGUAGUGAGCAGGAGAUCGGAGAGAAAGAAGAGCUUGCUUUGUUGAUCACAGGGCAUCGUUGUUGAUGCUCCUCCUUGAACGUCUGCCUGUAAAUUGCAGGGCUCUGCAAGUUUUGGGGAAAGCGUUUAAGUGAGUUGAAGGAAAUGGAGACUGCAUUCUCUACUCGCCGGGUGCCUGAGGGCCAGGGUUCAGGCUCUAGCUAGGGUUGGGGUACUGGGGACUCAAGGCUGUGCCAGGAUGGGAUGGGUCCGAUGCUGGCACAAGGCCCUUUCAGAUGUACAAGGGCCACGCUGCUUGAUACUGUGCCAUCUUCUGCUCAGCCGUGGUCAUGGCCCAGGAUGCUGGGGUGGUGCUGCUGAGCUGGGCGGAGGGGGCUGUGUUUGGGGGCUCUGGUGAUCCACGAGCGAGAGUGUCUGUGUUUCCCCAGCACUCCUGGAAGGCCCCAGCAGGGCAAGAAGCUGCCUAGGAUGAGAAGAGGAGCCUAAGUGCCAGGUGCUGGCUGCCAGCUGCUGCGCCCCCGAUGUAGAAGGUGCACCUCCUGGGAGCUGGCCCGUCUUUUGGCUCUUCUGACCAUGGAGAGAUAGGACGGUCCCUGCAGCCCGCGCGAGAGAAAGCUGUGCCGCCACCACCGGCCGCGCCCGUCCUUCGGAUGGAUCGCAACAGAGAGGCCGAGAUGGAGCUGAGGCGAGGCCCCAGCCCCACCAGGGCCGGCCGGGGCCACGAGGUGGAUGGGGACAAGGCUACCUGCCACACUUGCUGCAUCUGCGGCAAGAGCUUCCCCUUCCAGAGCUCGCUUUCGCAGCACAUGCGCAAGCACACGGGCGAGAAGCCCUACAAGUGUCCCUACUGCGACCACCGGGCUUCCCAGAAGGGCAACCUGAAGAUUCACAUCCGGAGCCACCGCACGGGGACUCUGAUUCAGGGACACGAGCCAGAGGCGGGUGAGGCGCCGCUGGGCGAGAUGCGCGCCUCCGAGGGCCUGGACGCCUGCGCCAGCCCCACCAAGAGUGCCUCGGCCUGCAACCGGCUGCUGAACGGGGCCUCACAGGCUGACGGCGCCAGGGUUCUGAACGGGGCCACGCAUGCCGACAGCGGCAGGGUCCUGCUGCGGAGCAGCAAGAAGGGGGCGGAGGGGUCCGCAUGCGCCCCCGGGGAGGCGAAGGCCACAGCCCAGUGCUCCUUCUGCAAGAGCCAGUUCGAGCGUAAGAAGGACCUGGAGCUGCACGUGCACCAAGCGCACAAGCCGUUCAAGUGCAGGCUGUGCAGCUACGCGACGCUGCGGGAGGAGUCGCUGCUGAGCCACAUCGAGAGGGACCACAUCACCGCGCAGGGGCCCGGCGGCGGCGGGGCCUGCGUGGAGAACGGCAAGCCCGAGCUGAGCCCCGGGGAGUUCCCGUGCGAGGUGUGCGGCCAGGCCUUCAGCCAGACCUGGUUCCUGAAGGCGCACAUGAAGAAGCACCGGGGCUCCUUCGACCACGGCUGCCACAUCUGCGGCCGUAGGUUCAAGGAGCCCUGGUUCCUUAAGAACCACAUGAAGGCGCACGGCCCCAAGACGGGCAGCAGGAACAGGCCCAAGAGUGAGCUGGACCCCAUCGCCACCAUCAACAACGUGGUCCAGGAGGAGGUGAUCGUCGCCGGCCUGAGCCUCUACGAGGUCUGCGCCAAGUGCGGGAACCUGUUUACAAACCUGGACAGCUUGAACGCCCACAACGCCAUCCACCGCCGGGUCGAGGCCAGCCGCACGCGCGCCCCGGCCGAGGAGGGGGCGGAGGGGCCCCUGGACACCAAGCAGUUCUUCCUCCAGUGCCUGAACCUGAGGCCGUCUGCGGCCGGCGACGCGUGCCCAGGCGCACAGGCCGGACGGCGGGUGGCCGAGCUGGACCCGGUCAACAGCUACCAGGCCUGGCAGCUGGCCACGCGGGGCAAGGUGGCCGAGCCAGCCGAGUACCUCAAGUAUGGGGCCUGGGACGAGGCGCUGGCCGGGGACGUGGCCUUCGACAAGGACAGGCGCGAGUACGUCCUGGUGAGCCAGGAGAAGCGCAAGCGCGAGCAGGACGCACCGGCCGCUCAGGGGCCCCCGCGUAAGCGCGCGACUGGGCCUGGGGACCCAGCGCCCGCUGGCCACCUCGAUCCCCGCUCGGCCUCGCGCCCCAACCGCAGGGCCGCAGCCACCACCGGCCAGGGCAAGUCCUCCGAGUGCUUCGAGUGUGGCAAGAUCUUCCGCACCUAUCAUCAGAUGGUGCUGCACUCGCGCGUGCAUCGCCGCGCGCGCCGCGACAGGGACAGUGACGGGGACCGGGCGGCGCGGGCCCGCUGCGGAUCACUCAGUGAGGGUGACUCGGCUUCCCAGCCCAGCAGCCCCGGCUCCGCCUGUGCCGCUGCCGACUCCCCAGCCUCUGGCCUGGCGGACGAGGCUGCCGAAGACAGCGGUGAGGAGGGCGCCCCCGAACCUGUACCAGGGGGACAGCCGCGCCACUGCUGCUUUUCCGAAGAGGGGACUUCGACCGAGCUCUCCAAUGGAGACCAGAGUCACAAGCUGGGAGAUCACGGCUCGGAAAGAGACCCCGGCGAGUCCGAGGCGGGGAUGGCAGCUUCUGUGUCCAUACUUGAAAACAGUAGCAGAGAGACUUCUAGAAGGCAAGAGCAGCACAGGUUUUCUACGGACUUAAAAAUGCCAGCAUUUCACCCUAAGCAGGAGGUGCCCGUUCCUGGUGAUGGUGUGGAGUUCCCUUCCAGUACGGGAGCGGAGGGCCAGACGGGUCACCCUGCAGAAAAGCUGUCCGAUUUGCACAACAAGGAGCACUCUGGGGGAGGGAAGCGGGCGCUGGCCUCAGACCUCGUGCCGCUGGAUUUAAGUGCGAGGUCGACGCGGGAUGACCCCAGCAAUAAGGAGACAGCCUCCUCCCUGCAGGCGGCUUUAGUCGUUCACCCGUGUCCUUACUGCAGCCACAAGACCUACUACCCCGAGGUCCUGUGGAUGCACAAACGCAUCUGGCACCGCGUCAGCUGCAACUCCGUGGCUCCCCCGUGGAUUCAGCCCAAUGGUUACAAAAGCAUCAGAAGCAAUUUGGUUUUCCUUUCCCGGAGCGGACGCACGGGCCCCCCGCCUGCCCUCGGUGGCAAAGAAUGCCAGCCUUUGCUCCUUGCUCGGUUCACCCGCACUCAGGUGCCAGGGGGGGUGCCAGGGCCCAAAAGUGGCUCUUCUCCCCUGGGAGGGGUCACAAAAGCCGCUAGCAUGCCUAAGAAUAAGGAGAGCCAUCCCGGAGGGCCGUGUGCUCUGUGGGCGCCCGGCCCCGACGGGUAUCGACAGACCAAACCCUGUCACGGCCAGGAGCCGCAUGGCGCGGCCGCACAGGGGCCCCCGGCCAAGCCCAGGCAGGAGGCUAGCUCCAAACCGGUGCCUGCCCCGGGUGGCGGGGGCUUCAGCAGGAGUGCCACCCCCACGCCCACCGUCAUCACCCGGGCUGGCGCGCAGCCCUCGGCUAACAGCAAGACCGUGGAGAAGUUUGGGGUCCCCCCAGCGGGGGCUGGCUUUGCCCCCACAAGUAAGCACAGUGCCCCGGACUCCCUGAAAGCCAAAUUCAGCCCUCAGCCUCAGGGUCCACCUCCUGCAAAGGGCGAAGGGGGCGCUCCUCCUCUACCUCCCCGCGAGCCCCCUUCGAAGGCGGCCCAGGAGCUGAGGACUCUGGCCAGCUGUGCUGCGGGGUCCAGGGGCGACGCGGCCUUGCAGGCCCAGCCCGGCGUGGCUGGGGCGCCCCCCAUCCUACACUCCAUCAAACAGGAGCCGGUGGCCGAGGGGCAUGAGAAGCGCCUGGACAUCCUCAACAUCUUUAAGACGUACAUUCCAAAGGACUUUGCGACCCUUUACCAGGGCUGGGGUGUCAGCGGCCCUGGGCUGGAGCACAGAGGGACGCUCCGGACGCAGGCCCGGCCAGGAGAGUUCGUCUGCAUCGAGUGCGGGAAGAGCUUCCACCAGCCCGGCCACCUCAGGGCCCACAUGCGGGCACACUCAGUGGUGUUUGAGUCCGAUGGACCCCGGGGUUCUGAAGUUCACACCACCUCCGCAGAUGCCCCCAAACAAGGGAGAGACCAUUCUAACACAGGUACCGUCCAGACAGUGCCUCUCAGAAAGGGAACCUAAAGGCGUGUUUCCGACGCACCCCAGGUCCCCGUAACGGCCAUUAGCAGUACCCUCACGAUGUCCCAGCAGCCUCCCGCCUGUGACCUGGCCACUCCACGGAAGAACAGCCGGAGAACUCCUGAGCAGACACCUCACAUCCCGAGCCGCUGCGCUGGAGUGGAACCUGAAGGCAGAUGCCUCUCCUUGUUAAACGUUCAGAAAUAAAUGAAGAUGCUAUACUCUAGAAAUACAUGUAGAUACUAUAUACACAUUUACGUGCUCAUCGCCCAUAGUCCCAUAUUUUCUUAUAAUAAACAGUAGUACUGGCAGGCACAGUAGGGGCACAAGGCAUCUAUCUUAUUCAAGACAAGUUUGAGACACUGGAAAAAAAGAUACUUGUUACGUGUGUUGGACAGAGUGGCGAGGCUGAGCACUGUCACAGGGGCCUCCCAUGCUAAGAGGGACUGUGGAGAUGAUGUCAGCACAAACCGUGGUGGAUUUGAGGUUGAUCGAGUAUUAAUACUACUGCCUCUCCUUGUCUUAGUGGGUAUUUAAAAUAGUAAAUAAGAGAGGGGAAGGAGGUGACGUUCAGGUGCUGUGGGAAGCAGGCUUGGUGGAGGGGCAUGAUGAUGGGACCCUCAUGCUGGUUCCGUCGCACUCUCCCUGGGGGCCGUGUGCCUGUUCCAUUCCUUCCACCAUUCGAACUGAGCGAAUCCGGCAAAGGCGACACGUCUGUGGGAAUGCGUAGAUUCUGCCUCGGAAGAGAGCUAGUGGAACACUAAGAAAAGCAGGCUUCUUGUUUAUUCUCAGGACCUUUUUGUAACAGGGCUACAUUCUGCAAACUGCUUACAAAGGAAGACUAUACGUCUUAACAAAUUAUUUAGCCACUGAGUCCUCCCGAUUCGGACCUGUUUUAGUAAUGGCAGAAGAAUCCCUGAGCAGGUUCAGGGGCCCUAGAUAACUAGGGUGCUGAGCUCUGGCACCUUCUGUCCCCACUCUUUGCCUCCCCGCCCCUUCCCUGAGCCACCCCAGCAAGUGGGUGUGUGUUCUCCCUGGGCCUGGUGACCUCCACAGGAUGAGUAACUUCGUUCAUAAAGGGUGGGGAUCACCAGCCCCUUGGGUGGGGACGGCUCUAUAUACCUCUUCCUCAGUAAUGCAAAUGCGAGUUUUUGUGGUGGGGGUUGAGGCCCAUAGCAGAGGAUCUUAAACCAUGCAGUGUACGCAAUGGAAAUUGUAUUCCACAGAUAUACAUAUUUUCUUUUCCCAUUGCCGUGACACUAUGUGUGAUGGUAAUAUUUCUGAGAGUUUCAGAUUUUUGCACAUAUGAUUUUAUGCAUUAUCAAAAGUUACUGCUGCCUUGAAUGAAAAUGUUCUGUGAAAUUUUUUGCAAAAGCUUUACUAGGUUUUUUUUUAAUUGUGAAAUUUUGUAAAGGCAGGAAAUGGAUUAAAACGAGCAUGCUAAAUAUAUUUUUCAAAAAAGCAAUAAUUUUACAUGUACAGAAAUUAUCCUAACCUUUAAUACUGGUGAGAGCAACAGUUUACUUAAUACAGUAAUGGAUUAGUGCAGUUUUUGUAGACAGUGGGCUUCUGAUACAAAGUCUUGUUUAAACACACACACACACACACACACACACACACACACCCUAAAGUGUGGGUUUCCUGUUCUAAUGAUUUGUUGAAUAUUAUUAUUAUUAUAAUAUUAUUAUUAUUAUUGUUGUUAUUGUUAUUAGUUAAUGUUUGGUUCUGGAUUCUACUUGUUACUGAGUUUAAAUUACUUGACGGUUCAGGUUACUUUGCAACACUUUCAAACAAUGCAAUGUAACUGGCUAGCUUAUAUAUAUAUAUAUAUAUAUAUAGAUUUAAUUUUUUUUUUUUUUUUACUUAUUUUUUUCUGAUACUCUUACACCAGAUAUGUACAAAAAUGAUCUGUCCUGUUGGUGUAAUUAGGAAUGUCCCUGCAGAUACAGUUAAGCAACUGUAAUUGGCUGUUCUGUAAAGUUAUUUUGAGCAGAGUUGCAGAGACACAUUCCUCUGUCCACCUAAGAAAUCAGAAGACUCUUGUGUUGAUUUAUGUUUAAUCAUUUCAGUAGUUUCCCCACAGUGAUCAUUCUGCAUUUUCUGGCUUUUGUUUUCUUGGCCGAAAGUGAACGGUGACUGUUAGGAAUGUCAGGGACUAGUGACCCAGUCCUGUUUCUCUGUGUUUUAGUUAUUAAAAAGAAAUUCUAUACCCAAAGUGACACAAAAGUGUAGUCUACAUUUUUACUGUUUCAGAAGCGGCAUGGAAAAGUGCAGUUGGCCUUUGGAGCUGGAAGGGUCUUGCUGGCGAGUCUCCAUCCUGGAGAGUCUGGUGGGGGGUGGGCUGGUGCUGGGGCCCCGCCGGCCGCAGGCUGGAUCCAUCCUGGCUUGCAGGAGAGCAGGCGUGGAGGACAGUCAGCUUGCGGGGCCGCGCAGGGUGCAGAGUGCAGAGCGCAGGAGGAAGGUUUUCACCCAGCUAAACAGACUGGGGGGGACACCCCCAAGAAUGCCAUCCCCUGAGGCCAGCUGUGGGCAGGCCGAGGUGUGUGGUCCCUUCCUUCACCAAUCAUCAGUAUUGUAUUGGUUUGUUAAUUUGUUGAUGUCAGUUCGGUCAUAGUAUUUAAUAUGAUUUGUGUUUUCUUAUUUAUGUAGCCACUGUUUGAUUCCCUUUUUUUUCCGAAUGGUAAUUUCUGCAUGAUACACUUCUGUACGUUGUCUUCUGACUGUUACAGACUUUCUACUACCUCUCCCGAUCUGCUGUUUCCUUGUUUCUUAACAGGAUUUUUUACAGUGUUGCGUCUAAUGUAACUUAGACAAUAAAGGGUUUGGUUGUCUACACUGCAGCUUCUCCGUGUCUCUCCCCUGCUUUCCGCUCGCUGCUUCCCCCUCUGCCCCUGCUGGGGCCUGGCUCCACCCUGGCCUGCCUUCCCACACUCUUCCUGUUUCCUGCUCACAGCUCUUCCUCAUUUUUGCAUUCAGAUAACACACAGCUAAUGAGCUUCUAAAAAUCUUUCAGGUUGUUCACUUGUAUUCCUUAAUUUGAAGAAUGAAUAUUUAAAUUCUCUCAAAAGUCAGCUGUUGAGGAUCUUCUCUGGGAAAUGAGCCCACUGUCCCUGCCUGCCUUUCUGCCUGGUCCCGGAAGGUCUUAUUGUCAUCUUAGACGGACAGAUUCCGUUCUCAGCACCAUACAGACUUGGCUUCAAAGCCCGGUGAAGUUUGCCUUUGAGGCUGUGAAAAGUAUUAAAUGUUAUAAGAGGUUCCCCAAUAUUUACUUAUUUAUUUUUUAAGCCAAGAAUGACACUGGUUUCCUGAAAAGCAGGUGCUUCAGGAAGUAGCAGUGGGGAGUUGUAUACAGUUACUUCGUCAGAGAAAGGAGCGCCCAGUAUGACAGGCCACCGCCCCUGAUCUGGCCACUGUGCACAGGUCGCUGAGGGCACGAGAACACCUCUGCAGGGGCUCCGGGACAUGUGGGUUUCAUCAUUUCACACGCCUUCAGGGCGCAGGGUUGAGCGCGGGAAGGGCGAGCUUCAUCGCCAUGGUGCCUCUCCAGGGCGGCCUCUCUGGUCGGCCUCUGUUCUUUGGACAGAGAGACAGGGUGUGGCUUACGGGGUCAGUAGUGAUGCCUUCUGGAUCGAAGAAGGUGGGUGCAGUGCUUAGUCCGCUGUGUGGGAGAGGGCACCUCCUGGGCUUUCGUGGCUGGAGACUGUCUGCCAACAUUCCUUCCUUCAAACUAGGCAAACCCUCCUCUGCCACCCCCAGCACAUUCUCAGAGGUUUCCAAGCUGUAGAAAAGGGAAGGAAGGAAGGACGGCAUUCAUAUAGCUUUACUUUCCACUUCAAAACGUCUUAAGUAGCAUAUGUUGUUUUACUGCUUUUAACUUGGGUGAGUUCUAAUUUCAGAACGUUUUGUUCACUGAGCAGAAAAAGAUGAAACCACCACAGGCCAGGACUUCAAGUGAGGAGGACGCCUGUGUUUGCCGUGGUUGGUGGUUGGUGGGAGCACGCUCUGGGGCCCGGUAACAUGCCUGUGGGAAGUGACCGAGGGGCCACCCGCCCAAGGGAAAAUGUUCAUUCUUCAUCAGCUUUGCUAAUUCUACUUUGAGGCAGUAAAAUGCAAAAGGCCAUAGAAUUUGUAUUUCCUUUUUUAAAAUACAAUUUAUAACAUUAUAUUUUGUACUCUUUAUAUUAGAAUUUGUAACUAGAUUGAUGUAUUUAACUCUAUUUCUGAAAAAGUAAUUCAAUGUUUUAGUUGUGUGAUAAAAAUAUUUAGAUAAAACAUAUUCAUUCUAUUGGAAUUUGAAAUAAAUAAAAACAUCUUGGAGUUCUGAGAUUUGUAA